UGUCAGUCGCCUGGGAGCAGCUGACGUCCCUGCCUGACCGUCAGCUGAUCAACCAAAUACAUCAGCAUUUAACUCCAAUUCCUUCAGCACAAUGAAUAUUUAAUACAAUUUAAGAAUUUGGAUUUUGGGAGUUAUGCCAAAGCACUCGGGCACAGCUUCAGCGCGCCUUCGGGCUGACUACAUGCGCAUCAAGCGUGACCCUGUGCCUUAUGUCAUGGCUGAGCCCCUACCAUCCAACAUUCUUGAGUGGCAUUAUGUAGUCGAGGGUCCAGAACAGAGUCCUUAUGAAGGUGGGUAUUACCAUGGCAAGUUGGUGUUCCCCAUGGAGUACCCCUUCCGUCCUCCAAGCAUCUAUAUGAUCACCCCAUCAGGACGCUUCAAGACCAACACACGCCUCUGCCUCUCCAUCUCAGAUUUUCACCCAGACACAUGGAAUCCUGCCUGGUCUGUUGCGACGAUACUCACAGGGCUUUUAUCAUUCAUGGUAGAAAAAUCUCCAACAGUUGGUAGCAUUGAAACAAGUGAUUAUGAGAAAAGACAGUUAGCUCAGCAGAGUCUGAGUUUCAACCUUAAGGACAAGGUCUUCGCUGAAUUAUUUCCUGACACUAUGGAGGUGAUCCAGAAUAAAUUGACUCAGCGCGAACAGGAGCUGGCAGAGAGAGCGAAGGCUGCAGAGUCAGGGAAUCAAAGCGACAGAGGUCAGACAAGCAAUGAUAGUGCAAACCAAAACCUCGAUGCUAGUCAGAUGUCCGCUCUGACGAACCUUCUUGUUGUUGUUGGCUUUGCCUUAUUUGCGUGGACGGUGACAUAUGUUGUGUCGACUCUAAGCGAAGAAGAAGGAUAAUGUGAAUUAUAUUUCUGCAGUGGCUAAUAUGAUGUUUUAGAAUUCAAUUAUAUUUUGGAAAAUACUAAAGAAAUUAUCAAGACUACACAUAGGGAAGACUGAUAUUCAGUAUCCCAACUAUAUUAGAUUAAAUUAAAUGCUUUGAAAAGUCAUAUAUUUCUGUUUAUACAAAUCCUCACCAUCACUCACAAGUUAUUUUAAGCUUGUAGUCAGGGUUUAAUUUAAUUUACUUUCUGGUUAUCUGUUUUGGUAUAAUUUCCUUACCCCUGUCAGGAUAAAUUUAUCUUUGAGUUUAUUAAUUAAAGGAAAUACAGUAUGGCCAUUAUAUUUUUUCCAUUAACAAAGACAUACCGGUAUUUAAUUUUUUUUUUUUUACAAGAGUGUUGUACAGUACUUUAUAACGAGUAAAACAGAAAUUGUAUAUAAAUAUCCUAAUACUGCAUACAUAUACAGUACAGUACAUAUUUUUCCUGUCUUUGAUAUCUAGUACAACAUAUGAUUGACAUAUAUCAUCUCCCAGUGAAAAUUUAAAAAGUUAUAUUUAGUUCCUACAUCUGGUUACUUUUCUUGAACUCCUAGGUAAAUAUUCUGUAUCUAUGUUUUGUUGACUUUGGGAUGAUGAUAAUAACUAUAACAACUGUAUUACUUUCUAUCAAAAAAUUUAUGGAAGUGUUAGUUAAAUUUGAGAGUUUUAGAAUGGGGAGAAAAAUUCAUUCCAUACAUAGAAUAGAAAUGACUAUGUAAACUACAGUCCAAUGCAGUGAGUUACAAGCAGUGGGGGACUACAUCUUGUAUUCUAUUGUAUUUUUGUACUACAUUCAUUGCAUGUUAUAAUGACUCGUGCAACAAAAUUUAAUUGUGCAAAACUACACCCGCAUACAGAUCUGUAUUUUUUAUGGCGUUAGUGAAAUUACAGGUAUAAAGUUUUACAGUAGAGUCUGACUAGUUUAAUUGCCUGUUGGGAUGAAACCAAGGAUAUCUGAAUAUAAAGACUCACAUGAGGUAAUAUUUUGAUCCUUGCUUAAUAAUUUUGAAAAGAAUUUAUGUACAUCUUUUUUUUGGUUUUAAGAAAGUAGCAUAUUGUAUAUUAUCUCUUAUGUGGAAAGGUUUGUGUGAUUAGUAUUAAGAUGAUGCAUUUGUUAUGGGUCAUGGGAGGUGAAUGUGUCCUCUUUGUGAUGACUGUCUUCACUACAGUAUAAAAAGAAUCUUUUAUGUGUGCACAACUCUCUUGUCUUGGAUUCAUGUGACUAUCAGGAACAGACUGAGGUUGUUUGGUUAUCAAAGCAUAUUGACAUGUAUAUAUUACAUACACAUUACAAACACUUACAGACACUAGUAGCAAUUUGACUGUGGUCCGACAAUCAUUCGGCACCUUAAUUUAUUUCAUUUGAAUUAAUUUGUUGCCAUUUAAAAUUCACAAAGUUCAUGCGAGUUGAGUCUACCCCCCCCCCCCCCCACUAUAAAACACACACAUUUGCCAGUUCAUCUGUUUAUCUCUUGUCAUUAUACCCAACACUAGGUCCAUGACCCUGUAACACCUUCAGGUCUAGUGUCUGGUCAUGAAUAGCAGCCCUUCCCAAUUGGAUUCAGAAAAUACAACUUCCCUCAUCCACUAUUCUGACUAUCUAUGCUUAUCUUUAUUCCAAAUUGAUCUGAUGGCUAGUCUUUACAUGGAAUAAUUUGAUUGUACUAAAUACUGAAAGGAAAAAAAAUGUAGUGAGUUCCCUGAUGUGGCAGCAGGCCUCACUUAGAAGCCAGCAUCCAAUAAACUUCUGUGAAUUAUGACAGCUGUUAAGAAUGCCAAAUGUUGGCAGAAUUUAGUAAUUAGCUUAAUUUGUGCAGAUAGUAGAGUUCUUACCGAGUUUUAAUUUUGUGUUCACAUGAGUCAAUGGUAAGGCAGAAUUAGCAGAAAUUUUCAUUGAUAAUGAUUGUGGUUGAAGCUUUCCAUUAUCAUGAUUGUGGUUGAAGCUUUGCAUUAUCCACUAUGUGGUAUAGCAAAUAAAUGGCUGUAAGAUAUAGUUGGAGAGGUAGACUAAUUUUUAAGGCUUUGAAAAUGGAUUAUUAUGAUAUAUUUGAUCUGCCUUUAUCUUGUAUGACUUCUUUCUGGUAUACAACAGAGUGGCUGAAGCAAGAUGUCUCUCAGUACCCCAGUAGCAGCACCUCAGCGCACACACACAGCUUCCUAUUGAUCCCCCGUCUUAUAUCCUCAUUUCCAUUUUCUAACCUUCCAUCAUUAUAUCCACAUCAUAACCCUGCACCUGGUCUGAUAAAUGUACAGUGUUUUAAUUUUGACACUUGUAAAAUAUAUUUGUUUUAUCUAUUUUCUUUCACUCUUGCACAUGCAGCAGCUCUUAGUAUUUUCAGUACAACAAAUUUAAUAUAUAAACCAUUCCCUUUAUAAAAUGUUCCUAACUUUAUUCUUCCUUCCUUACUAUGGUAUGUCCCUUAUCCGAACAUCAUUGAAGAAAUUAAUCUUGUUUGUACAGUAUCCAAUAACCAUUCUACUGCUUGAAGAUGAAGGUUUGACCAACUUAAUAUACACUGGAGUCUUUUGUACAUUUUUCAAUUAAAUUUUGUCAUAUCUUGUGACUCACA